CCGCUCCACAAGACACCCGUUCAAUGUUCCUCCUUCCAUACCAUCGUCAUCAAAUAGCUUUUCAACAUGCCGACCUCAUUUGCAUCUCUGCCUGCUCAUGAGAGACAAGCAUUCUUCUCUCUGUUAGAUGAAUACUUUCAAUCGAGACCACAUCUGCUACCCGGAGGAGCAGGAGCAGCAGCAGAAGAACAAGAGGCAGAAUACGCACCACAACAGCAAUACAAUCCUACCCCUGCCGCACGAUCACAGCCACCAGCACCAGCAGCCCGUAAGCCAGCAACAAGCUCAAUGCAUGCCGCACCCACACCACCAGCCGGAUUAAGUUCGGGGAAAUCUGUUGGACGGAUAGAUAUGGCAAACAAAGGAUCUGCUUUCGGAUCGAUGAUAAUGGGAAAACCACGUCCAGAAGCACCUGCAUCGGUUGGAGAAGCAAUCAGUGGAGUGUUGCCAAAAGCAAUGCCUGCUACCACAAGUAGAACCGCACCUCCUCCUGCUCCGGCUCCACGUGUGAAAGCAGAACCAGCCUCUUUGGGACAAGCAGAGGUAUUGUACGAUUAUAAUGGAACGGAAGCUGAAGAUUUAUCGGUCAAAAGAUAUGACAUUAUUGACCUUGUAGAAAAGAUUAGCGAAGAUUGGUGGAAAGGGCGUUCGAGCGAUGGAAGGGAGGGCAUUGUACCAAGUACCUAUGUCAAACAGAUAUAAUACAGUUCAUUGUCACAUAGCAGAAAUUUGGUCUGAUGGUUAUGAGUAGAUUGUCUUAAAUUAUCACAAAAGCUAGAAAAUACA